AUGAGUAAUCAAGUUUUUCAAUUCCCACCUUAUUAUCAUAAAGAACCAUUCUUCACUAUACAACCAAUAUUAAACACUAGAAAGAAACAAUUCCAAAUGUGGCAAGACCUAAUUCUCCAAUAUUGUAGAUAUUAUAAAAUUUAUGAAUUAGAUAUUAAUGAAUCUAUAAAAUCAAACUCAGUAUUAUUUAAUAAUGAAAAAAUAAAUAGAAAAUUAUCAAGAGAAGCAUUGAAAAGUAUAAUUGAUGAUAUAAUUGAAAAUGGAUUUGCAGAAUGGGUUGAUAAAGAAAAAGAAAAAGAAAAAGAAAAGGAUAAGGAUAAUAAUAAUAAUAAUAGAGUUUUAAUAAUGUGGAGAAAACCAGAUGAAUGGGCAUCACUUAUUUAUAAAUGGGUAGCUGAUUGUGGUUUAUUAAAUACAGUUUUAACAGUUUGGGAAAUUCAAAAUGGUGAUGACUCAAAGAAACAAGAAUUUCAUCAAUUAAAUACAACAAUCUUAAUGAAGUCUUUAAAAGUUUUAGAAAAACAAUCAAAAUGUCAAACGUUUUCUCAAGAUGAAAAUGUUGGUGUUAAAUUCUUUUCAAUUUAA